AUGACAACAGCCACUCAAGGUCAAUCAGCUAGCGUCCCACACCCUACCACGGCGACAAGAAUGAAGACGUCAAGUCACCCAAUACAGACGGUAAUUACUGGUUCCAAGGGAACUGUAGUAACUUAUGAAGCGACGCGGGAUCCCAAAUACACGACCAAUACGAAAACAACAACUUCAACCAGCGACCAUGGUGAUCGUGUUAUCAUAUACCCCGGAGGUUGGCGGUGGAGACCAAUUGGGUUUCCACAUUUGAAACUUCCACCGUUCAAACUCCCUCCUCCUCCAACGUUAAAUCCAGAUCCCGAAUCCGGAGACCACGAUCACGAUCAUGAUCACGACACCGAGCAUGACCACGACCACGAUAAAAGCAGCAAAUCUACGACCAAAAGUGCAAAGUGUACCACAACAAGACCGCCUAGAUGCACCAAGACUGUUUCGUUCAUAUCUACCGGGACAGGAUACACAAGUACAAUUCUCGGAACGUGCUCACCUGUCAGCGGCUGCGUCUCGGGAAAACAAAGCACCACCACCACAACGAUAGCAACCUUUGUACCAUCCGUUUGGAUCGAUGAGCCAUACAAGCCCGAGGUUCCUACACCCCCUGAGGAGGUGGAUGCUGAGACAAUCGAAUACUUCAACGAUCUUUUCAAGAAAGAAGGUAUCUCACUUGAAGUUGACCAGCAACUUGUGGCUCAAUGUGGCGGCAACAUGCCGGGUAUCCCCCUUUUCUGCUUGAACCACUUUAGCACCGAUUUCUGUCGAGCCGUACAAGCAGAUCCGAGUAAAAAACUCUCCAAAACUUUCGCAGGCCUUGAUGCUACGCUAGGGCCGAUUGGACCGCUCAAUAUGAUAGGAGAUCACCAUGUCGGUAUGCAGAAGGGGAGGUCAUUGGUUAGCAGAGGUCUCUGCAGCGACUGGAGUUUUGAGUUCAAUUGGAGCGGUGCUCAUUCCAAGUGUGGAAAGUCUUGUCUCGACUACUUAAGUAUCAUAAGAACCCAGUGCCUUCAAUUUAAGACCAAUAACGAGGGUUCUCUUGAUGCUGGUUGUGGUACCUACAGCCUCGCGAUCAAACCAGUUCUCACCACUUCCACCACCUCCACUGGAGAAUCGCCUCCCGAACCGACCGAGAUUCCAAAAACGCCGCUGGAGCUGAAACCCGCCGUGUGUGCAGACGAGUCUGAUUUCCCAGGACACGUCGACGUCCAUAAGAGCGACCAGAAGAGACAAGCCGAAUCGUUCUGUGAGACCUAUUUUCUGGAUCGCAACCAAAAGGGGAUUCAUAUGAGCUCACAGAACGAGACUGUCUCGGCCACUGGAGGGGGUCUCUUUGGAGAUGCACUUCUCCACUUCUCUGUUUCCUGGGUUGAUGGCUGCGAGACAACGGUAGACAGUCAGGAUGUUAUGCUUCCCGUGGGCGACGAUUUCAACUUGAACUGUGGAAAUAUUCUGUUCAAAACAUGGGCAGACUGCAACAACGGCGGCGUGGGUGGAUAUAUCGAUGCUGGUUGCCUUCGAUACCAGUUCAACCCGGCAAAGUAA